AUCAACACGAACGGUAUCUGCGACUUCGAAAUGCAUUUUAAACUAAUAUUGUCUUUGACUGCGUACCUUUCUGUCAAUAUACCGAUAGUAUCAUCGCUGAUCAACCCGCAUAAGCCCGAAGAAAAAAACUACCUUGGAGGCGAUGUUGGAGAACCACUCAUUCUAACGCCUCUGCUAGAACAAAACAAGACUGACGAAGCUCGAAGACUUGCUGAUGUAGCUUUAUCCGAGGAAGUGAAAAGUUACUCUGGAUACUUCACGGUUAACAAGCACUAUAAUUCGAAUCUGUUCUUUUGGUUUUUUCCGUCUCGUGGCGACUACGAAAACGAUCCGGUGCUACUAUGGCUGCAAGGCGGACCUGGCAGUCCUUCGUUGUAUGGACUGUUCAUGGAACAUGGACCAUUCCAGUUAAACGAAAACGCUGAGCUGGAGUUGAGAAAGCACGCCUGGACGAACAAUCACUCGGUGAUCUACAUUGACAAUCCCGUAGGAGCGGGAUUCAGCUUCACGCAUCACAAAAAUGGCUACGCGCGUAACCAAACUCAAAUCGGCAACGAACUGUACACGGCCCUGCAGCAAUUCUUCGUCCUGUUUCCAGAAUUGAGGAAGAAUGAGUUUUACGUCACUGGUGAAUCGUACGCUGGGAAGUAUGUACCGACUUUGGCUUACACGAUCUAUCGAAACAAUCCGGGUGCUGAGGCGAAGAUCAAUUUGAAAGGAGUGGCAAUUGGAAACGGAUAUAUGGAUCCUUUACACCAAAAGGGCUACGCGGAGUACCUGUAUCAACUAGGCCUACUUGAUAACAAUACAUCUCUGUAUGUGAAGCGAUACGAGGAAAAAGGUCUGCUCGGUACAUCAACGAAAAACGGUACGAAAAAGCCGUACUGACCUGGCAAGAAACGCUGUAUUAUAUUUUGAACGUAACAGAUUACGUAUGCAUCUACAAUUACCUUCAAGUAUGUAAAGGUGAAGACUUCACUUUGAUGGACAAACUCUUCAACAACUCAGAGGUUAGAAAGGCGAUGCACGUCGGCAAAACAACUUCGCGAUCGUUUGAUGUGUCCUAUUAUCUGUUCGAAGAUAUGGCAAAGUCCAUAACGCCUUGGUUGGUUCAAGUGGCGAACAACUACAGGAUGUUGUUGUACAACGGACAGUUGGAUAUCAUUGUCGCUUAUCCGUUGAUUUUGAAAUUAUUGGAUAAUAUAGAGUUUGACGACGUCCGAGGAUACCGCAAGGCUCGUAGGAAGAUAUGGUACGUUGGAACAGAGAUAGCAGGAUACGUCAAGACAUCCGGAAACUUUACUGAAGUGCUCGUCAGGAACGCUGGGCACAUGGUGCCUCAGGAUCAACCAAAAUGGGCUGAAGAUAUGAUAUUCCGGUUUACCAGAAAUCAAACGUUUGGUCAUUAAAAAUGUCUUGUAAUAUAUCGUCAUUUUUUUAUACUUCAGCUACCAUACAGGGGAAUGGGGGGGACACGACACGGACUCUAGCAACGUAAUACGUCCAUAGCCCAGAGAAACAUUUCUCUAGGGAUGGGAUUCGAAACCGCGCAACGCACGGCGACUGAUCAGGAGACCGUAGCGUCUUCCUCUACGCCACCGCUUCGGUCCAAGGUUCCAUUGUGACCACAAAACAUAUACACUGAAGAAUGUUUAAAUGUUUAAUUCCAUGGCAACACGGUGACUUGUGCGGUUGUCAGCGGCGAUUUUUUGAGGGCGCGACACGGUUGCCAGAAUGUGCAUUGAUAACCCGCAACGUUGCCAACUCUACAAAUAAAUCUGAGAUUGCUAUACUUUUAUAUAUAGAAAUUUAGUGGGAUAUGGGAGAUCUUAAAACAGCAAGUGUUAUUAACAUCUUGACGAAUAAGUGCUUUUUUGUAUAUUAAAAUAUCAAUGUCAAUAACACAAGCUGUUAUAAGAUCAC